UGGCCGCAUGCUCCACAGUCUUCUAGUCGGGUCCGCCGUCUGGUGACUCUGGUGCGCAGCAGGGCGGCAGCGAUAUGUCCCGCCCAAUAUGACUAGGCCGCGCCCUAUAUAAGCAGUGAGUUCUUCGCUCACGGCCCUCAGACUCUUAGCAUACUCAGCCACAAUGUCUUCCCCCCAGCUUCACAUCAAGCUCUUCCAGCCUAACGGCGUCACUCGUGCAAUCGUCUUCACCGCCCUCCCGACUUGGGACGAGCUCGCCAAUCGUGUCAAGUCUUUCUUCGACAUCCCUGAGAACUCCGUCGCUCUGACCUACGUCGACGCCGACGGCGAUGAGGUGACGCUGGACUCGCAACCUGAACUCCAUGAGCUCUUCACCACCCUUCCCGGAGACACCGACUCUACCACCCUUAAGUUCGCUGUCCGCGAUAUGCGCGACCUCCGUGAGGGCUCGUCAUCUGAGGAUUCGGACCAUACGAUGUCUUCACCGUCAGUUCAAGACGAUAGCGAAUCACCGGUUGACCGCACCGCCGAUCUCGUCGCCGGAGUGGACGCUGCUCAAGCCGUAAACAUGUCCCCAGGGGGCUUCGACUCUCUUCGAGGCCGUGGCGGUCACCGAGGCGGGCGGGGCGGAGGACGGGGCCGCUGUGGAGGUCCUGUCCACGGCCAUCGCGGCCUGCCUCGCGGUCCUCCUGGCAGGCCUCCCGCCGAUCUGCCUUUCCCCUUCGUCCAUGGUCUACCUCCUCGUGCUCGCGGCCACAUCGUAAGCCACGGCCUUCCACCGCCCCCGAUGAGUCAUGAGAUGACCCGCGCACACAGCGCCCCUCCUGCGCUCUACGCCAAUGCCCCUGAGGGCAUGUUCCCUUUUGAGAUAUUCGUGGACAUGGGUCUGUCUCGCGAGCGCUUUCCUCGGUCCCGUAGCCCCUCUACUUCUCCGUCUCGUAGCUCAACCCCGAACGACGGGUGCGACCGCCGCCCCCACGGACAUGACCAUCGUCAGCGGCAUCACGUCGACAAUCACCGUCGUCACCACCACAACGUCGGUCAUCACCAUGGCCAUGGCCAGCACCAGCGCGGGGGGCCUCAGCAUUUCGGACGUGGUAGGGGAUCCGCCUUUGCUUUCGACAUGCGUGGUGGUCGCGGGCGAGGCGGCUUUGGAGGGCACGGUCCAUUUGAGCACAUGCGCUUCGAGAUGUUCCCUGACUUGCAGCAGCAUGCGUUCGGCUUCGGUGGGCGCGGUCGUGACUGCCUCCCUCCCGGGUUCGGCGCGCGUGGUCGCGGUUUGGGCUCCUUGGGCAAUCCUUGGGCAUGGUAAAUCCACAUGGGUUCGGAUUUGAAGCUCGAGGGCCCGGCGCCGUGACGGUCGGUGUGGACGUCUGAGUAUUGUUCGAAUGAAUUCAUCAUCUUUUCCCCCUCGAGCUUUCAGAGAGAAAACAAGAAAAACACCCAGGACAUCAUUAGCUUCUUGUACUUAUAGUAAGCCGCACCAAGUAAACCAUAGUAGGAUACACGAACCUUCCGUAAUUAAUGAUGUGGCUCC